AUGCCAACAGCAGAUGCAGAACCGGCUUUGGUGGAGGACGUAGGACAAUUAGAAGACCUGGAGGAUCCUCCAGUAGCCCAAGAAGAAGCUGAGGAUCGUCCUGAAAGAGGAUCUCGUGAUGUUGGGAGGGAAAACCGCGAAAACAAUGGACCCGCGAGAGAGAGAGCCGGACUGAUGAAACCUCUGGUGGUUCUCGCGCUUCCAGGAAUGUAUUUGUUCUACAAGUACAGUCAGUACCGCCGCGAACAGCGCGAAUUGUCCCGCAGAAGGAUCACAGAAAGGGAGUUGCAGCAUCUUCAUCAUAAAAUCGUGAGUAUCUUUAUGUUAUUACUCAACUUUUCUGUCUUUUUGUCAACAUUGUCGCGUUAA